CCUCCUCUCUGCUUCCGGCGGUGGGCACGGGGGUGGCACUCUCGCGCGCGGGCGCCGGCGGUGUGCUCUCGCUCUCUCUCUCUCUGUGUCUCUGUGUCUCCUUCUGGGACCCGCCCUAGUGUGUGCUCUGUUGGUGCGCGGACGGUGUGGGGAGGGGAUUGGGGGGCGCGGCUGGAUUGGAGCAGACGCCGGCGGUUGGAGUCGGGUCGAGCUGGAGAUUACAGGUUGUGAUUUUUGAUUUGCUUGUGGAGUUAUUUCAAGACAGAUUAUGGUUCCAGUCUUAUAUCGCAGAAAGGUGCAUAGAACCAUUUAGACCGAUAAAAAAAGGCCAUAAAAGAUGCCGCCGUCACCCUCAACAAGGAGAUCUCCUUCAAGGGAAACUUUCAUGAAGAGGACCAACAGUUUUGGGAAUUCUCUGCCUGCUAAACCGAAGGAUGACGAGCUCACUCUGUUUGCUGAUAUGCAGAAAAUUGAGAACGACAACUUCUUACUGGAACCCUCUGAGGAUUUUGAUGAAUCAAUCUCAAAAUUGAGUUACUUUCCUGACGUCAAGCUUGGUGUCAACAUACCUACACGAAGAGAAAGCCAUGAUUUGCUUGACGUGGAUGGUGAAAAAAAUGAUUAUGAGUGGUUGCUGACUCCUCCAGAAACUCCGCUUUUCCGUUCAUUGGAUGAUGAAGAAGACCAGUCUGCUGAUCAGGAUUCUAGGGGCAGAGCUAAGAGUAAGCCCAUACAAAUUUCAGGGUCAUCCACGAUGGACAAUACUCAAAGGUCUAGGAGAAGCAGUUCAAGCCCUAGUAGGCUUAGCCCAUCACCACGCUCCAUGUCAAGGACAAGACCGUCUAGCGCAGCUUCUCGCUCUAGCCCACCACUUGCAUUGCGGCCACCAACACCAUCCCGGAGGCCUUCAACUCCGCCAUCUGCGAAAACAUUAACACCUCCACGGAGGUCUCCAAGUCCUGUCUCAAGGAGGAUGAGUACUGGUUCAACCCCAGUGUUAAGUAGAGCAAGGGGUCCUUCUCCAGUUAAAACUAACCGCAUAUCUUCUUCACCAAAGCUUCAAGGAUGGCAUUCCAAUGUUCCUGGAUUUUCUCAUGAUGCACCUGCAAAUCUUCGAACUUCUCUGCCAGAUCGUUCAGUAUCCCAUUCAAGGGGUGGAUCCCCUUCUCCUAUCAGUGGAAGGGACAUGGGUUCAAGAGGCAGAUGCCAAUCACUAUCUCCUACUCCAUCUAGAAGAGCAAGUUCAUCUCACAGUAUUGAACGUGAUCGUUUGAGCUCAUAUAGCAAAGCUUCUGCAACAUCUUCUGGUGAAGAUGAUAUGGAUUCCAUGCAGUCUGUACCAGUUUCCUAUUCCAGCAGCCCAGCUGUAAAAAAGAGCUUAUCUGUGAUGAAGACCAGAACUAUUGCUUCAUCAAAGAAGCCGUCCACAACUUUCUCCACUAGUUCUGUCCCAAAGCGGUCAUUUGAUUCUGCAGUUUGGUUGAUGGAUCAUCGCAAAGCUCCCCAUGAUAUGUUUCGGCCACUACUAUCAAAUGCCCCUACUACCGCAUUUAAUGCUGGAAAAGGGAAUGCUGUGCACCGGCCUAUGUUUCAUCAUAAUUCUUCUAUGACAACUAGCAGCAAUGCAAGCUCUGAGCAUAGUGCUGGUUUUGGCCCAUAUGUUGAUAACGACCAAGAGCAGCAUGAUCAGAUCAGUGAAUGGGAUAAUAGCCAUCAAGUUCAUGGAGACAUAAUUAUGUUUGAUAAAUUGGAUGAACUGAAUGAAGAAACCAGCCAUAAGGAAACCACAAAAUUUGUAGAAAGAGAUAAACAGGACAUUGACAUGGUAAAGAGUUGGACAGCUAAUCAGACUUCAUGCAAUGAUACAAACAGUUCUCAUGUUGGAUAUGGUGAAUUGGCUACAUGCACUAGGUGCGGAAAGUUUUUCAAGAUGAUGGACUUGGAUGAAGAAGGCGAUUAUUGUGAAGAAUGUGGUUUAUUGCUUAAUAUAUGUUCUGCAGGCCCUGUGACACGAACUUUACAAGAAGCAUACCAACAGGAUGAAAUAACUGCAAAUUGUAAAUCAUACGCUGAAUCUGAAUCUCCUAUAGCCUCAGACUGUGUAGGGUAUAGGGAAGAGGCAUCUCUUGGUCAUCAAAUGAAUGAUGAACCUCAAACUGAUUGUAAUAAAACAUGCCACCCACUUCAGGCAAUGGUGGACGCAAAUGAGGAAAUGCUGCUGGCACAUGAGGUAAUGAAUCAUACCAGAAAUAUGAAGCCAUAUCAUGCUGAGGACUCUUUAGGAAACAACAAUGAUGUUUCAUUUCAUCCAUUCAAGGUAAGUGAUAUCCAACAAGCAGAACCUAUAUCUGCAGAACGUGAACAGUUUACAGACCAACUUAACCGCCACAAUCAAAGUUUGCCGGAGUGCUUUACUGAGCUAGACUGUCAACAUAAUGAAUCCAUCUCUCAAACUGCCUCUCGUGAGAAUUAUCAUCAACUGGGAUCAACAUCAUAUGCAAGUCCUAAGGUAGAAAACACUGAUGCCGCUGGGAUAUCGGUACUCUUACUCCAGAAGUCAAGUAACAAUAAAUGGCCUGUUGUGGAAGGAAGGAAUCUGUCUGCAACAAAUAUCCUUUGUUCAGAACCCUAUUAUACAAGGGAUAGUAUCAAUGCUAUGAAGCGGAGCUUUGGACGGGAUAGCUCUUCAGCUGCUUCCUCCAUAGAUCUAGGGUCAUCGAGGCAAUCGGAUGUACGUUUUGAGCGUCUCAGGAGUGGCAAGAGGGCUGAAUUUGAGAAGCCUCGAAUAAGCAGUACCAUGAGUCAUCAAAGCGUUGCUUCAGUUUCGGAUAUGUCAAUUAGUGGUUCAUCAGCUUCACUUUGGGCUCAGAGUGAUGUUAUUGGUGACACUUGUUUCCCAAUUGACACGCCAGAAAGGAGUGCUUCGAGAACAGCAGUUUUUAUUGAAGAACAUGACAGCUCUUAUAUGGAUGCUUUAUCAAGUGGUAUGGAGUGUUCAUCUGCUGUGCAGCCUAUCAUCAAUGAUGACACCCUUGUUGACUUGAAUACCUCAGGUUUUCAUAGGUUGAGUGAAAUAGAAGGAGAUGUAAUCAUUAAGAACCACAAUAUGGAAAUGGUGGCUGACAAUGAUCAUUUAAGCAGUAACAUGUGUUUAUCAGAUAUUGGAAUGCCAAGUGAUGCCCCAGAAUCUCCAGCUGCUGAGGAAAGUUAUAUACCAAAAACUGAGGAAGAUACUUCCACCGAACAGCACUGCUAUUCAGUCAGCACCCUAGAACAUCCAAGUGAUGAGAGCAACUCUGGUGAUCUUCAAAUACAGUCUGAAGCAGUUCAGUCUUCAAAUGAGGAAAAUAAAUCCGAUGCCCUUUGCACGCUUGCUGUCUCUGAGGAUGAUGCAUUGGUUUCUGGAACAGAUAACAACAUACAGGAACUCCCUAAUGAUGCAGAAUCACCUGAGGUAAUUGAAGGAUCGAAGAAACAAAUUCAAAGAUGCUUCACUCUAGAAGAAGCUACCGAUACAAUUCUCCUCUGCAGUUCCAUUGUUCAUGACCUCGCAUACAAGGCAGCGACCAUUGCACUGGACAAUGAGCAGGAACGGGUACAUGCAGCGUCUACCCGUCCAACUGUUACCAUUGUUGGAAAGUCCAUUCCAAAGGAGGAUGGUUUACUUAAGCUGCCUUAUAAACGGACACCUAAUCGUAAGGUUAAAAGGAAGAGAUUGGAAGGCGAAACAACCAUAACUGAGAGUGCCGAGAAGAAAGAUAAAGAUGCUGUCUCUACAGAUCACUCACCUGUGCGUUCCUCAUCUGGAAUCACAAGAACAUCUGAGAGCAUGAAGCCUCCAAAACUGGAAUCCAAGUGCAACUGUAUAAUUAUGUAAGUUACUAAGGUAAUCUUUACGCCAAGAGGACCUGGAUUAGAGGAUGGAAUUUGAUGCAUGGUAGUUCCAUUGUACGUCCAAGUCUUCCACAGUUGGUGAGUGACACAGGUCUUCAGCUAGAUUUUUUUUUUUUUUUUUUUUGUGAUGGUGCAUUCCGUUUUUUAGGUAACAGAAGUGCACCUAGAGCUAUUCUUUUGUAAAUUCUUUUUUUCCCCUCUGUUUUGUUUUGUCAAAUCUUCUGCUUGUCAUGUGGUCCAUCGGGGGUUUGUCCAAAGUGUGAAUUUACUAGAUUAAAUAUCUGUAUUUAUAGCCUGUUUUAUUGCAAUGCACCAGGCUUGUUAAGUUUGUUAUGUGCUAUUAUUGCCUA